AUGGCAACCAAGAAUCCGGGCGCCACCCAGAAUCUCAACCGGCACAGCAUCGCCCCCGGCGGCCACGCCGUCAAGAGCCGGCAGCUGGCCCAUCUGCAGGCGCAGCUUGCCCGGCUGUCGAACAACCUGUCCGACACGGAGAACCUGGUGCGCAUGACGAGCGUGCAGGCGGAGGCCAUGAGGGGACUGGGCAGCUGGCACGGCGGGCUGUUCAUGGCGGCGAGCAAGGUGUUGGGGGAGGAGAGCGUGAGGGAUGCUGCGAGGUGA